CAAAAACGUCUAAACAAUAAGAAAGAAAGAAAUGUCGCAAUCUGUUCUUACCGAAUAUCUCGACUUUUCCAUUGACCUCGCUAAGCAGGCUGGUGCUAUGAUAAAAGAGGGUGUCGAUAAAAGAAUGGCAGGAUCCGGAUCCAUCAUGGCCAAGUACUCAAAUCCUUCUGACAUGGUGACUGAAACUGACCAGGCUGUCGAGGCCUUUGUGAAAGAAAAGAUCAGCGCGGCCUACCCUUCUCACAAAUUCAUUGGUGAAGAGACUUUUGCGGCUGGUGAAAAACCAUCGUUUACAGAUGAACCAACCUGGAUUGUCGACCCCAUCGAUGGUACAACCAACUUCAUUCAUGGCUAUCCCUUCGUCGCCAUUUCCAUUGGUUUGACUAUCAAUAAGAUUCCUGUUGUUGGCGUUAUUUACAACCCAUUGUUGAACGAACUGUACUCCGCCGCCGAUGGUCAAGGUGCUUUCCUCAACCAGACCACCAAACUUCCUUUGUUCGACACGAAAGCUAUCGCACCUCUCAAAGACCUUUCCGAAUGCCUUGUCAUGACGGAAAUGGGUUCUGAUAGAUCUUCCGCUGUCAUCUCACGCAAAAUAGAUGCCAUCCAUAAUCUAGUAGCGUCCAAGGAAGACCCUGGCACUCGGUCUGUCAUCCAAAAUGCUGUUGGAACUCAAGUUCACAGUAUUCGUAGCACUGGUUCCGCAGCUCUUAACCUUUGCUGUGUUGCCAAGGGUGUGGCCGAUAUCUUUUGGGAAAUUGGAUGCUGGGAAUGGGACGUAUGCGCUGCUGUUGUCAUCUUGAGAGAGGCUGGUGGUAUUGUUCUGGACGGCAUUGUUCCCGGGGACAAGGAAGUCAACAUCUUCUGUCGCCGAUACCUUGGUAUUCGACCCACCGGAGAUCGGGAGAGCCAGUUGAAUAUUGCUAGAAAAUUCUGGUCUGUUGUUCCAAACGAUAUAGAUGCUCCCAGAGACGCCGUUCCCGGUGGUUAUGAACCAUAGAAAAAUUUAAAGAUGCUUUGGAGAAGAACCCAGUGUUUAGACACGUUGAAUUCAUAUUCUGCAUUGAUCAGUGUUUAUCUUUUAUUCCUAUGAAAAUGGCCAUUAUAGAUGACAUAAAAUUUAGAGAAAAGAAAAAUAGAAGAUAGAAUUCUUAUUUACAUAGU